AUAACAAAUUAACAACAAAACAUAAAUCUAUUUAAUUUUAGGUAUAAUAAUUAUAAUAAUAGUAAUAGUACUGUAAUAGGAUAAUGACACUAAUAAGUAAUAACAAUGGCCAUGACAUGUUGACUAUAAUGUCACGCGUCAACAGGAUUAUAAUAAACAAUAAUCAAUAAUGUGUACCAGUAUCCUGUAUUUAUAUCUGUAACGUUCCAACCAAGGCCGAAUGCGGGUCAUAGUAAAUUAAUUAUGGUGGGUCUCCCGCCACCGCCUUUUAUUUGGCUAGCCUAUGUCUUCGAACUGCCUCGUUUUAUGGUGUAUGUAUUAGGUAAUCUUAGUUAAAUCAACCGUUCAAUGGAAGGUAUAGAUGUGGAGUUUACAGAUGUGUCCCUAACGGUCAACGUGUGGGACCCUCUGGCAACGAAGACGUUAAGGCCAGAAAAAAAAACUGUUUUAAACAAUGUCAGUGGCUCAUUCUGUAAAAAUCAAGUAGGGGCUAUACUUGGAUGUUCUGGAUCUGGAAAAUCAACUCUUAUGAAUAUUUUAUCUGGUUACAUGUCAAGUGGUUAUCAAGGAGCAGUGACUUUAAAUGGAGUAAAGCGAGAUCUGCUAUCAUUUAGGAAUGUUUCAAGCUACAUCAUGCAAGAGGAUAGUUUGCAAUUAUAUUUAACUGUUCAAGAAUCUAUGGAAAUUGCCAUGAAACUUAAACAUUCAAUCUCUAAAUUAGAUGUUCAAAAAAGAAUCUCAAUAGACAAUUUACUUCAUAAUUUACUUUUACAUGACAAACGAGACUCAUUGGUUUAUAAUUUAUCUGGUGGCGAAUGUAGGAGACUGACCAUUGCUUUAGAAUUAGUUCGCAGCCCAAAAGUGAUGUUUUUUGACGAGCCCACAACAGGUCUAGAUAUAGUAUCUGCAAAUAAUGUUGUUAAGAUCAUGAGAAAAUUGGCAGACUCUGGGAAAACCAUAAUAUGCACUAUACAUCAAGCUUCAGCUUCUCAUUUGACAAAUUUUGACACGGUUUAUGUACUUACACCUUCAGGGCAAUGCAUGUAUAAUGGAAAAUCAUCACAAAUAAUUGAUUAUUUUUCUCAACUCGGAUAUCAAUGUCCUCCAUAUCACAAUCCUGCUGAUUAUGUGAUUGAAUUGAGUUUGGGUGAAUAUGGAAUACCUGUUAAUACAAUGAUUGAGCUUGCUGGAGAACAAAACAAGAACGACCGACACAUAAUUGACCAAAAUGUUAACUGUGUACCUGUAAUUUAUAGUCGUGAAUAUUCUUCAAAUUAUUUUCCUGAGCUUUGUAUACUUAUCCACAGAACUUUACUAACUACUUUUAGAGAUCAUUUUCUAGUUAAAGUAAGACUUUUUGUCCACUUCUUGCUGGGAAGCAUGUUUGGAAUUGUGUACAUAGGACUUGGAAAGAGCGCUAUGCACGUACGUGACAAUGCAGUAUUACUAUUUUUCUGUGUAAUGUUUAUGACUUACAUAGCAGCGUUUACCAUGUCUAUAAAAUUUCCUUUAGAGCUGUCAGUGAUGAGAAAAGAAUAUUUUAACAGAUGGUAUUCAUUAAGUUCUUAUUACAUUUCUGUCACACUUGUGGAUUUACCAGUACAAAUUUUUUGUACCUUUUUGUUUUGUUCAUUAAUAUACUUGUUAUCUGGUCAACCUUUUAUACUCUUUAGGAUUUCAAUGUUUCUUUUGAUAUUUAUUGUAACCGGACUUAUGUCACAAGCAAUAGGAAUGCUUGUCAGUACUCUAUGUAAAGGAUUUGUUAUUAAUACUGUUGUUGUUGCAUUGAUAUUAAUGUUUUGGACCACUUAUGCAGGUGGCAUGAUAAGAAUAUCAGAUACUCCUAAAGUAUAUCGAUGGUUAUACGAUGUAUCAUUUAUGAAACAUUCUGUGCAAGGUGUUCUACAUGCAGUUUAUGGUUAUGAUCGCUCUGUAUUGCCUUGUCCAGUUAUGUUUUGUCCAUUUGGUUCACCAAAAGUAAUGCUUAAAACAAUUGAUAUGGGUGAGAAUUUGUACUGGAUAAACGUCAGCUUUAUCACUAGUAUUUAUGUUGUAUUAAAAGUAUGUGCUUUUAUUGCCCUAAAGUAUAAGUUGUCUUCUACUUAAAUCAAAAGAAAUAAUUUCUAAUGGAAUAUGAGAUCUGAACAUUCAACAUGAUUUAAUAUUAGUAAACAUUUUUCAUUUUAAAAAUUUGAUGAAUAUUCAUUUAACUUUCAUUUUGUAAAUUUAUAAUUCUGUGUAUCUCUACGCGACAUCCUGCAAACCGGUCUCAAUAAAAGGGUGUUAUGGACAGAAAAAUCUGUUUUCAUCAGGCUAUAAUAUUGUUUUAUCUUGCUGUACAAAGUAUAUAUAUAUAUAUAUAUAUUUAUAUAUAAUAAACAGGUAUUAACCCUUUAGCAAUUAAAAUAAUUAUAAGUAUAGUUCAGCUUAUCUUAUAACAGAAUUUGGAUACAAAAAAAAAAUAAAAAUUAUUAUGGUAAAUAUAACAGCUAAAGAAAGAAUAAAUAUAUAGUACAGUAAAACUUAUUAAUUAAUAAUUAAUGAUUACACAAAAAGAAAAAAUAAUAAUAAUAUUUAAAUAAGAGAAUUUAAAUUUAAAGCAAAAUCAACAUUUUGUCUAAAUACAGAACGCGACAUAACAAAAAAAUCAACAUGAUCCAUUUUACUGUUAGCCAAAGAUAAACGAGAUGGAAGUAUAAUUAUUUUUGGAAAGAGAAACAUGAAAAAAUUAGAUUUUCUUAAUACGUGAGUUUGUACAUUAAAACCAAUGUGAGAUAAAAUACUAUAAUGAUCUAUAAUACUAUCAUUAUGAGAUAUUAUGUACUUUUGUUAUAUAAUAAUUGAUUGACCUUAUCCUAAUAGACGGGAAUCAGAAUUUUUACAAGACUAAGUACUAAUAUGACCAUGAAUAAUUAUACUCUGUUCAAAAUGAGAUCCUGACUCGGUGACCCACUUGUGCUCAUGCGCGUGGCUUUACUACACAGCAGGCGUAUAGGUAGUUGACAAACUGAUGUUGUUUGACCCUCGCACGACGAAAACUGGUGGCCGCCGAGUCACAAUCUCAUUUUGAACAGAAUAUAUAAUAUUUAAAUAGUCGAAUUACUUAUUAUUUGAGGUUUAAGGUAUUCUUUUGUAACUUAUUAUAAUAUUAUAUUGUAGUGUAAUAUAUCAUUUGUUUAUUGUUCAUA